GUGGAAAUCAGCCUCCAGAGCAGCUUGCAGCCUGGCAUGAAACUGGAGGUGGCCAACAAGCACAACGUGGACACUUACUGGGUGGCCACCACCAUCGCCACGUGUGGCCAGCUGUUGCUGCUGCGCUAUUGUGGUUACGGAGAUGACCGCCGGGCGGACUUCUGGUGUGACGUGAUGACGGCGGACCUCCACCCGGUGGGCUGGUGCACGCAGAACGGGAAAGUGUUGAUGCCGCCCGACGCUAUCAAAGAGAAAUACUCGGACUGGACGGAGUUCCUCAUACGUGAUUUGACGGGCUCACGAACAGUGCCUGCAAAAUUGCUAGAAGGCCCUCUGCGAGGGAAAAACGCUGUAGACCUCAUUACGGUGGAUUCCUUAAUAGAGCUGCAGGACGGCCAGAGUCCCUUUCAGUUCUGGAUAGUGAGCGUGGUGGAGAAUGUUGGCGGAAGAUUGCGCCUUCGCUAUGCGGGAUUGGAAGAAACAGAGUCUUACGACCAGUGGCUGUUUUACUUGGAUUGUAGACUUCGACCAGUGGGCUGGUGUCAGGAGAAUAAAUACCAGCUGGAACCACCUGCAGAAAUCUCUUCUCUGAAGACGACGUCUGAAUGGCGGACAGCCCUCACCACGGCUCUGACCGAGGCAGAGAAACAUUCCCUUCCCAUGGAAGUCUUUAAGGAUCACACUGAUCUGAGGGAGCACUCGUUUACAGUCGGGAUGAAGCUGGAAGUGGUGGAUCAACGGGAACCAGCCACGAUUUGCCCAGCUACUAUAACCAAGGUUUUCAACCACCAUUUCAUGCAAGUCACUCUUGACGACCUCCGUCCCGAACCACACAACACCACGAUGCUUUGCCACGCUGAUUCCUUGGGCAUCCUGCCGGUGCAGUGGUGCCUUAAAAAUGGAGUUCAUCUCACCCCUCCCAAAGGUUAUUCUAAUCCGGAUUUUGACUGGGCAGAUUACCAGAAGCAGUGCGGAGCGGAGGCAGCUCCCGAGUGCUGCUUCAGAAAUGUAAGAUCUGCGCAAAGGAAGAGAAAAGUUGCGAUAGUCCAGCCGGAAAAGCAGAUAAUAUCAGGAGUGCCUAUUGAGAAAAUUCAGAAUCCUCACCGGCUUCCCCAGACGGACAGGAUGGGAACCGUCAAUGGGAGGUACAAUUGCCCCAUGCUCUUCAUCAACCACCGCUGUUUCUCUGGCCCACAUCUCAACAAAGGCAGGUUGGCAGAACUGCCGCAGUCCGUCGGGCCAGGCAAAUGUGUCCUGGUCCUUAAAGAGAUCCUUCGUAUGGUGGUCAACUCUGCCUACAAACCCAGAAGCAUUUUGCGAGAGUUACAACUUGUCGACAACCCCAGGUGGAACUUUCAGGAAGAGAAUCUCAAAGCAAAAUACCGAGGGAAAACCUACAGGGCAACGGUCAAGAUAGUUCGUACGUCUGACCAAGUCCCAGAUUUUUGCCGGAAGGUGUGUGCGAAACUGGAAUGCUGCCCCAAUUUAUUCAGCCCUCUGCCGGUCACCGAAAGCUGCCCUGAAAACUGUUCCAGUCACACCAAAACAAAAUACGCAUACUAUUAUGGAAAACGGAGGAAAGUCAUUAAAUCUUCCCCCGGUGAAGAAAGCACUUACAGCCUGGAGAGAAGACACAACUUGUCUGAUUGCGGGAAAAUGCGGAAACCCAUUUUAACGCUGAAGAAAAAUUUUCCCUCAGCAGCAGAUCUGCACAGAGCAGGAUUGUCAGAGGAGAGUGACGAGGAAGAGGCAGACACCCCGUGGAGCGAGGAGAUCAACCCAGAAUUGCAGGAUGAUCUAACGGAUGCCUCCUCGGAGGAGAUGUCUCUGGCCAUCCCAGUGAGCACAAUGAAGUUACGCAGCAGCAGAGACUCCAUCCAUGUGGCUCGGCCCGAGAGUGACGGGCAAGCCCCGAAGAAGCUUUCCUUCCUGCAUGCCCAAAGAACCAGGCAGAUCAAGCAGGCUGCGGAAGAGAUGCUCAUUCUGGAGAGCAACCCGCUGGAAUGGACAGUGACCGAUGUGGUGCAAUUCCUCCGGCUGACCGACUGCGCUUCCCUUGCCAAAAUAUUUCAGGAACAGGAUAUUGAUGGACAAGCCCUUCUCCUGCUGACACUCCCAACAGUCCAGGAAUGCAUGGAACUGAAGCUUGGGCCAGCCAUCAAACUGUGCCACCAGAUUGAACGUGUGAAGCUGGCGUUUUAUGCACAAUAUGCCAAUUGA